AUGACCUCAAAGCCACCUAAUUACCUCAAGAGAAAGGCAGAUGAACUGGAAGCUGCCUUGAAAAAGGAAAAGAAGAAGUCCAACUCCAAAUCGUCCAAAAGUUCAGUUGGACAGGGGGAAUCUGAGAUGGCAAAAGGCCAUGGUUCGGAAGGCUCUACACACCACCCAAAGAUACAACCCAAGCCCUCAAAACCGAAAGCCUCCAAACAUGCUGAAUCCUCGAAACGCACCGAACCCUCAUCAGAGGAUGAGCCAGAAAAGACCUCUAAAAAGCGCAAGGCAGGAAAUCAGGAAGCUGCCCAAAAGAAGAAAUUAAAGAAGCAUAAGCGUUCUAAGAUAUCACAAAAGAAAGACAUCACCGAAGAGUCAGAAGGUGAUGAGUCUGAGGAAAAAGAAGCCAAAUCCUCACAUGAGGAGGAGGCAAAGGUAUCAAGAAAAGCAACCAAAAAGAGGAAAGCAAAACAACUUAAAAGGCCGAAAAAGAAGCAAAGAACUGAUCAAGAUGUCGAAGUUGAAGUGGAACCUGAAAUUCAGUCAACUGCUGUCUUACCAGCAGAAGAGGAACCGAGGGAAGCUCCAUUCGAAGAUAGUCACCGAGUUCUUCCUCCCCCUCUUGAUCUUUCCAGGGAAGAUAGUGAUGAGGAAGAUCACACGCCUCUUAUUAGGCAAAUGACGACAAAAUCCACUCAAACUGAAUCUAUCUCUACUUUACCCAUUUCAGAACAAGUGCCAUCUCCCGAGCCUUUGAUUGCUGAGCCUGAAAGUCCAAUUUCUCCCUCGCCCAGAACACGACAGCCGGUUAUCACCCUGCCACAAGAAAGAAAUGGUUCAGGUUCAGAUUCAACCAUGAUAGAAGAAGAAUCUGAAGGAGAUGAUGCUGAAGUCUGUGAUCAGUCUUAUCGACCAAUGUCUGCAACUGUUCGACGACAAAUCACAGAGCACAUGAACCCUUCCAUAGCCCAAGUAAUGAUUGCUCUUGACUAUGUCAAUCGACAUCUCUGCUUGCAAUGGCCACGUGUGUCAACUAUUCGGAUUAAGGAGAUCCCAUCUAUAACAAUCGAAUCCAAUAUUCCUGAAUCCAAUCAACAACUUGUUAUUCAUCCUAAUCACAUUGCUCAACAAAUUAAUGCCGAUGCAGCUUUGGCCCAACAGUUAGCAUAUGAUGAAUCUGAAGCUGAGAUGCCUCCUGCCGAAGCUUUGAUAGCUGAAUGUUCUCACGAAGAGAUACUGAGACGAGAACUUGCUCGUAUGUAUAAUUGGAAAGAAUGGCGGAUGUCAAGUCUGCAGGUUAUAGCUAGUACGAUUAGCGAAAUGGCCGAAGAAGAAGAAGAAUGGGCAUUGGAUUGGAUGGGCACAAGAUCGGUUUUUAACGCCCCACGGCCCGAUGAAAUUGAGAGAGUUUUUGCUAAAAAACUCCAAGGAAAAACAACUCGGUUUGGCAAACCUGUAGAUAUGAAUGUUGGCUACCGAUCUCCUCGGGAACGCCUUAUGAUAGAAGACAUGCAGAUUGCCAAAAUUCACAACAUCUCUCGAGCACAAACGGAGAUAAGAGAUCUUCGACCAGAUGUUGGGCCGAGUCGUCAACAAAAUGAAGAUGAUGCUGAGGAUUCGGAUUCUAAUCAGAAUCAAGGAUGUCGAGAUAAAAAGGAUGAUAACAAUGAUGAUGAUGACAACGAUGAUCCUUCUAGAGGUCAUGUACCUCCUUCUCGAAUCGAAAAUCCUUCUAACACAGGAGUUCAGACAACUCGUGCAAAUGAUGAACCUGAUCACCAUCAUACUGAUGAGCCGAAGUCUGCUCCCACCGAAUCCAUGGAAGCACAAAUUCUGCUAAGUCCUAGUUCAGCCCGAGAUGAAACAAUGGAAGCAUCUCGAGGUGCGAAUCAUGAUGGAUUACAGAUUAUUGAUGAAGAAAUGAUUACAUCUGAUCUUAACUUAGUUGAUGUUGAGGUAGAAGUUCUUCCAUACUACACUUCGGAUGGAAACCUGGAAGCAUCCAAAAGUGCAAGUCCCGAAAACUUAGCCUCACCAAUCGAAGACAUAAAUCAUGCAGAGGGCAAAGAACCCGUCUUAAUUCAAGGUGAAAACAUGGAAGCACCUUCUAAGGACAGUCAUGGUCCAUCUGCUGAUGCAUCCAAGAGCUCGGAUUCUUCUGAGGUGUUGGCAAGGACUCACGAAGCACAUUUCAAAUCCCUAAAUGAGUCUAUCACCAAAAUCAAGAAGGAUGUCCGAAGGCAGAAAAAGAAAUCCUCUAAAUCCAACACUAACGAAAGGAUCACAGCUCUUGAAAAGAAGAUUGAUAAUGCAUUCUCUGAAAAUCUUAUGUCUCAUGGUUCUCUGAAGGAGUCGAUUUCUAGUCUGUUGGUUUCAUCCUUGCCCUCAUUUAGUCGGUCCGACACCAGGUUAGUGUAA